AUUACAUUUGUAGUUCUCUAUUAUGCCUGCUGAAAAGAAAAGACCUCGUGGAUUGAAAAGUAGUGCUGCUGCUAGCAAAUCUACUCCCAAGAAAGUCAAGACAGAAGUGGACGAAAAGGAUAUACCUGAAAAUGCUCAAACUGUAGUCAUUGACAAGGUGGUAGAAGAAGGUGAUGAAGUUGGUGAAGCUGCUGCUCUUUUCGAGAAUGCUUUGGAAAAACUAGACAAGAAUCCUUCUGAAGCUUUAACAUUGUUACGUGGAACAGUUCAUGAAUCUGAUCGUAUUUUACGCAACUGGGAAUCAGAACAACCUUUACCAUCCUUGUUUUAUUAUACUUAUGGAUCAGCUCUAUAUGAACUUGGCCGCUUAACAGAAGAAGAAGAAUUUACACCCUAUUUAGAAGCUGCGGAAGAACGUCUCCAGGAUGGAUUUGACCAUUUGAAAAAGAUCGAUCAAGUAACUGACGAUGAAGUUGUCAACAAGAUGAAUAUUACUUUGGCAAAAAUCUGGCUCGCAAAGGCUGCUAUGUUGGUAGAUGAUGAUUCAACAACUAUUCCUGAUCUUGCUGUACGUGCUUUGGAAACCUUGGAUAAGACUUGUGAAAAAUCAAAAGUAUCAACGGCUAAUUUGGUGGAGAUCGGUAGUAUCGUUCAGAAUCAUGGUGAUCUUUAUUCUGUGUUGGAACCUAGAACCAAAUUUACUCAAUGGGCUGAAAUUCUUUUCAAACGUAUCCUUGAUGAUGAACCUAACAACGCACGCGUUCUAUCUGAACUUGGUCUUUCUCAACUUUCAUUAGGAAAUUAUUGGUUGGAACGUAUGGAUGAAAAAGAGGAUGUCUCUGAACAAAAAGAAGAUCGAACUGAACGAAUAAAUGAAGAACAAAAAGCAUAUGAUGCCUUUGUUGAAGCAAAGAAAUAUUUCCUUCAAGCUCAGGAAUCUCUUGAAAAAUCAAAGACGUUGACACCACAAAUCUUUAGUGAUUUAGCCGAAGCAUAUUUGAACGAAGCCAAUUUGACUCUGGACAGCAAAGAACAAAAAGAAUUAUACGAACAAGCAGUUAAGAACAUCAAUGAAGCGAAGAAUCUUGGAAGUGGACUAGAUUACGUUUUACCUGAAGGUUUAGAAUUAUUUUUAGAUGAAUGGAAUAGUGAAGAAAAAGUAGCCUAGUUUAACUAUUGUUUUUUUUUUUUUGGAUGAUACAUUACUAUUUGUGUGAAAUAAAAAGAAAGAAAAAGAAAAAAAAAGAUGUAGACUACCUUUUUUCCAGAAUAGGAAACGGUGCUUGCUUUUUCAAAUAACGAAUUGAAUUUGGUUUUUCUU